AUGUCGCCAGCAAGCAGCCCUUCCAAGAACAAGGCAAAGGACAGUGCCCAUCACCACGGCCACGAUACCCACCGCGAGCGCAUCCGCAGCUCCUCCGUCGGUCCUAAUGCCAGUAUGUGGAAGAAGCCCAGCCACCUGUCGCAAAAUCACAAGUCUGCAUCUCAAUCAGCGCGCAAGGCAUAUGGUGGUGAUCCUCAGUCGACUCCCUCUCGAGGCAGCGGGACUGGAAGCUUCAUCAAUUCAAACGCCAAGUUCAUCAUCGAGGAGCCAAGAGGUUUCGCCGACAGUCCCAGUCUUCAGGCGCAGCAGCGGGCGAAGCAGAGAGCUCAGGCGGAGAAGAUUUCGAAGAGGAAAGUUACGGCCGAUAUACCGCCCAUGUCGAGCAGUAGUGAGGUAGCUGCUGGCGCUGGUAAGGAUGCCGACGAGGAGAAGAUGGGCGAGAAAGUGUCGACGGGGUCUGGAGGCUCAGAGGAAAAGACCGUUGAGAAGACUUCCACUCCUUCUGCUACGGUCAAGGAGAAGACAGCUAAACAGACUUCUGAAAAGCAGAAGACAAAGACGCCUAAGGAGAGCAAGCAUGCGCACAAGCAUGACGAUUCUUCCAACGAAGAUGAAAAGUCCUCGACGCCAUCUGCUGAGAUGCAGGAGACGGCUGAGAAGACCUUCGAGAAGUCCUCUGAGAAGAUCAAAACGCCAAAGGACAGCACAGAUUCCCCAAAGCACAACAAGUCCUCCAAAAAGAAGCAUGGCAAGUCACCCAAGAAGAAGUCCUCCGAAGAUCCGACUUCGACCCCAACAGUCACUAACGACGAUAUCUUCCGCAAAUUGGACUUCGGCCGCAAGGAGAAGGAGAAGCACAAACGUGCAGUCAAACAUGAGGGUGGUGAUACUGAGAUGACUGAUGCUCAUCCCGUUCAGCCGAGCGAGGACACCCGGAAGGAUCAUGAGGAGGACUCCACGUCUCGUGAGAAGACGCCGAAGUCGAGCAAGAAGCAUCGCCACCAACAAGAAGGGGCUGGUUCGGAGAGAUCGAAAAAGCAUGACAAGAAGAAGGCCGAACGUGAUGAGAAGAAGAAGUCCAAGCAUGACCAGGAACAAGGUGCCAAGUCCGAGAAGAAGAAGGGAAAGCACGAUCGAGAUGACACCAAGCAUGAUCGACAGGCAGUCACUGCCUCUACAGAAGGAUCGAAGGAGAACCGCAAAUCUCAAAAGGAGGCUCCCAGAGCCCCAGCACAAGAGGAUUCCACGUUGGCUGCAUCUCCAGAGACUGGCCACGAGACACCAUCAAAGAAAGACUUGAAGCAGAAGGCACUCGCAGCUGCGGAGCCCGCAAAAGAGCAAGAAGAUCUAGAAAGUGACGAGAGCAGAGUCUACCUCAAGCAGGAGCCGGGGACUGGUUCCGGAGGCGACAAAAAUGCUACACUCCCGGCCGAGGCUAUGGAUGUGGACGUGGAUUCUGCUGUUGACAGACGGUCAUCGUCAUCCGAGUCCAACAACGCGAGUGAUGCUGAGCACGAAGACGUCACUGCGAAAGACGAAGUCUCCAAGCAGGUAUCCGAAGAUGAAGUCAUACCUGAGUCUGUACAUGGUGGGGAGUCAAGCGCGGAGGAGUCCAGCGAUGCUGCCGCGGCCGCUUCUGAAACCGACGACGACGACUCCGAGGAUGCAAAGCCGAUCAAAAAGCGCAAGGACAAGCUUCGCGGUAACAGAGCCCGCCAGCUAUCAAAGAGCCAAGUCCAAUCGGAUGAUGAUAGUGAUGGAGGGAGCUCCGUUCGCAGCAAUACCUCCUUCCACUCCGCAGUGUCCAGAAGCUCUCCUGUUCGUGAUUUGUCCGCGACCGUUGAGGCUGAGGAGCAGGCUGGUGUGGCUUCAGCAUCUGACACCGACGGCGACGCUGACACUGAAUCGGGCUCCGAGUCCGGUUCCGAGUCAGACGAUGGCGACAAUUCCGAUGAAGAUAACGAGUCAGACAGCAAGAGUGAGGCGGAUGAGGUGAGCGAGGGUUCGAGCCAGAGUGACGAAGAAGAGGAAGACUCUGAGAUCGAAGACCCGGAACAAUUCGUUGCUCGACUGGCCGCUGAGGAUGAAGCUGAGAAGCGACAAGGCCUUGAGGCCAGCAAGAAGCGCAAGCGGACAGACUCCGACGACGAGACCACAGUCGAGAAAUCGACGGUCGCCAGUCGUAACCCAACGCCUAAGCUGACCGAGAUUCCGACCGUCAAGCUGGCCAUUGACUCGGCACGUGAUGUGUUGGCGAAAUAUCGGGCCGGCGUUAGCAGCGGACUGGAUAGCACUACUGCCAAGGCCAAUGCUCGUCGUAAGAGCACCAGUACGACCACAGACAAGCCCGCCGACAAGACCACCAAGGCGAAGACUAAGACCAGUAUCCCCACAAAAGUCAUGCGCGCGGCCAAAGUCUUGGAGAGCAAACUUCCCUACGCCAUCACCGACCUCACAGCAUCCGAAACGGCUGACUCAAAGAGCAAGAGUAAGAGCAAAGACAAGGUCGAUGACCCCGACACCAUCUACCUUACAACUCUACUCAAACAGGCUGAGCUCUGCAUCUUCCGCCUGUCUGCCGAAAAGAUCGCAGCCAACGGCGGCUUUUCUAAGGAUUCCUCAAAGGAGUUGACGAGGAUUGCACAUGACCGUGAGGAUGAAAUCUUGCGCUUACAGAAGGAGUUGAGGGAAGUGAAGGAGAAAUUUGCAAAGCUUGAGAAGAAGAACAAGAAGAGCAAGAAGGACUGA